AUGUCUAGUAAGACAUCUUCUGAUAUGAGAUGGCAUAGUGUUGAUUGUCAUAAGGAUGGCUUAUUGAGGCAUCCAAGAGAUGCUGAAGCAUGGAAAAAGUUUGACUUCACAUUUCCUGAAUUUUCUCAAGAUCCACGUAAUGUCCGUCUUGCCUUAGCGAGUGAUGGGUUCAAUCCUUUUGGACAUAUGAGCGCUAAUCAUAGCAUUUGGCCAGUGGUUCUAAUUCCGUACAACACCCCUCCUUGGGUAUGCAUGAAACAGUCUAACUUCAUUCUCUCAAUGAUAAUUCCAGGUAAGCGAAUGCCCGGGAAUGAUAUUGAUGUUUACUUACAACCUUUGAUUGAUGAAUUGAAGGAGUUGUGGGAUGGUGUUCAGACCUUUGAUGCUUUGUCAACUGAAACUUUCAAAAUGAGAGCAGCAUUGAUGUGGACAAUUAGUGAUUUUCCAGGAUAUGGUAUUUUGUCUGGGUGGAGCACGUAUGAUGGUUACUCAAGCAAUAUCUCAAGAUGUGUUGAUGUGAAGCAACGAAGAUUAUCUGGGUUGAAAAUUCAUGAUUUCCAUAUUCUUAUGCAGCAACUAUUACCGAUAGCGUUGAGGAACGCAUUACAUGGCUUAGUGUCUGCAGUUAUAGCUGAUCUUUCAUCAUUUUUUCGGCAGUUAUGUUCUAAAGUGUUGAAUCCCAUGGACCUUGAUAACCUCCAAAAUCAAAUCAUUCUCACUUUGUGUCAUUUAGAAAUGAUAUUUCCUCCAUCUUUCUUUACUGUCAUGGUUCACUUAGUUGUUCAUUUAGUUGAUGAAGUGAGACGUGGUGGCCCGGUACAUUAUCGAUGGAUGUAUCCUAUAGAAAGGUUCUUGGGGCAUUUGAAGUCUUUUGUACGUAAUAUGGCGCAACCUGAAGGCUCAAUUGCUGAAGGUUAUAUGGCAGAUGAAAUUCUAACAUUCUGCUCAAGAUAUUUUGAAGAUGUCGAGACAAGAAUGAAUAGGCCGAGGCGUGUGGAUGAUAAAACUAAUGAUGUUGGAUAUCAUGAAAAGGAAACUAUGUUCCCAAAAAAUUGGCAAAUCAGUAGCGGGUUCAUAUUUUAAGCUACCACCAAUGCAGAAGCUACAAGCACAUCGUCAUGUGUUAAUUAAUUGUCCAGCAGUUGACCCAUUUAUCCAGGAAUUUAGGACAGAAACAAAGAGAAGGUUAAGGAGUCGAACUCGGUCGGAAUCUACGAUAGAUAAAAUUGUGCACAAAGAAUUUGUUGACUGGUUUCAAAAGCGAAUUUUGAAUGACGUCAACGAGCAUUCUAGGGAACUUAGGUGGCUUGCAGUUGGACCACUUGAAGAAGCUAAGAGAUUUACUUCAUACAAUGUCAAUGGGUUCAAAUUUAGAACUCUAUCAGGAGAGCAGGGGAUGAAAAUUCAAAACUGUGGAGUAUUUGGUACAUUUGAUACUAGAAGUUAUGCAAGCAAACGUGACAACAAUAUGGUAGUUGGAGGUGUUCCGUAUUACGGAAAAUUGGUGGACAUAAUCGAAUUGAACUACAAUGGUCAAUUUACAGUUACAUUGUUCAAGUGUCAAUGGGCUAAUACCACUACUGAUAGAGGCAUAAAAAAAGACGAGUUGGGUUUUACGAGUGUUAAUUUUUCCCAUUUGAUACAUCUUGGUGAUCGGGAAGAGCAUGAGCCGUAUAUAUUGGCAUCACAGGCCCAACUUGUAUAUUACGUUGAUGAUGAAAAAGAAAAACAGUGGAGUGCUGUUGUUCAUCUAAAACAAAGAGACUUGUAUGACAUGGGAGAAGAAACAGAAGAAUAGUCCAUUUAUGAUGUCAUUUCUUCUUCACAAGAAGAUCUGGGUAGUCGGUUUCCUGAUGGCGAUCAAGAUUUACGAUUGACAAGGGAUGAAAAUAGAAGAUGAAGAUAAAUAUUAUUUAGAAAUAUGACUACUAGAUUUAAAAAGUUUUAAAUGAACACUGCUUCAUCCAAACUGUUUGUUGCACAUUUAAUUAGAGUUCCUCCACCUGUAUAAUAGGUUUCUGUCUUGACACUUGAUGUUAAUUUUGACUUCAAUUUUCUCUAUUAAAGUCUCUGCUUUUUAAUUGGUUGUUGCUAAAAUUAUGUGUUACUAACUUUCUGCCUAUA